AUGAAAUGCCACAUUGAGAUAUUAGGCGUUCAUUCUAACUCCCCCCCCCCCCCUCCGUGAGCGAACAAAACCAUUAGAAAAAUCGCCAUUUUUUGACCAAAAACCCACCCUCCGUGAGUGAACAAAAAUUUUUUUAAUAGAAAAAAUUUUAAUGGAAAAAAAUUUUGAUAUAUAAGUGAUAAUUAGUAUAAUGAAAUCUAGAGCUAAUUCUGUUUAAUUUUAAACAAAUUGCGUUUUAAAACAUAAAUUUUGCAAAUUAAAUUAAUAUUUGCUUCCCAAUUUUUGCAAAUUAGGAUUUUUUUUUAAUUUCGAAAAAAAUAUUUUUUUAUAAAAUUUAUAUAUAUAAAUUUUUUUUAAAAAAAAAAAAUUAACCCCCCUCCGUGAGCGAACAAAAUUUUUUUGUUCGCUCACGGAGGGGGGGGGGGGAGUAAGCUAACAAGUCCAUCGUUGAUGUUGGCCUUUGAAAGACAGAAGUAUAUUUUUAAUUGUGGUCAAAAUUUACCUCGGUCCUUAGCGCACUCAAAUUUCAGAAAUAACAUUAAAGAUGUUUUUGUGACUGGAAUUAAUUUGGAUGCUGUAUCAUCAUUGCGAGGGCUUAUUUCUCAUUUAGUUUUAGAUAGUAAACAAACAUUCAAAAGAAGAAUUCAUGGACCAGUCGGCAUAAAAGCAAUUGCUGACAUUUUUAGGAAUACUAAGUUUGAUGUUAUUGAAUAUGGAAAUCAAGAAUUAGGAAAAGAGGUCGAAGAUUCCUAUAUUGAUGAUAAUAUCAAGGUAAAGGCUCUUUCCUUUAAUUCUGGAAAAUAUUAUACUUUUUAUUCCUCUGAAAGCAAAAGAUUGGAAUUUGCUGAAGAUUCAUGUGCAAGUUAUAUUGUGCAAUGCAAAAAGCAAGCUAGAAAAUUUUUAGUAGAAAAAGCUGAAGAAUUAGGAAUUCCUCGAGGUAAGCUUUAUGCGAAGCUUGUAAAAGGAAAUUCGAUUACACUUGAUAAUGGAAAAGUCAUUUAUCCAGACGAUGUCUUGGGGCCUCCUACGAAAUCCCAAGUUUUUGGAGUGAUUUAUAUGCCUUCUACAAAGUAUUUGCUUUCUGAAGUUUCCAAAACUAUUUCCAGCUAUUUUAAUCAAGAAAACGAUUUUGAUUACAUUUUUCAUAUGUCUCCAACACCAGUACUCCUACACUCCGACUACCAUAAAUUUUUAGAUACUUUGCCUCCUCAUAUAAGCAAUGUAGUUUUUAAUGAAAAUAUCUCCCAUUCAUUAAAAAAUACACUAAUAUCUCCUAUUUACUCAUAUUCUGAUGAUUUACUUAUUAAGUUGCAAAAAGUGUUUCCAAAAUAUUUCAAAUGCUCAACGAAUGAUUCCUUCACACCGCGCCUACACCAUAAAACUAUAUUUUUUUUGUCCUAUUCUUUUUUCGCUUACUCCCCCCCCAUCCUUGAUCGAACGACUCGCCAUCGUUCGAUCAAGGAUGGGGGUUAAAAAAAAAUUAUAUAUAAAAUAAAAAAUAUAUAUGUAUAUAUUUUUUAUUUACUUUUAAAUAAGAGGGUUAAGAGUAUUUAAUAAUUAUUUUUACAGCAAAAAAUUGAAUUAAUUUCAUAAAAUAUCAAUUUUUAAUAUAUUUUGAUUUAUUAGUUACCCCUUUUAAACUGUAUAAAUUUUAAUUUGUUCCUUACUGAAUUAAAAUUUUUUUUUUUUAAAUUUUAAAGAAUCUCUAUUUUAUUAGAUUAUUGAGUUUUCAAGCCUAGUUGAUGACUAAAUCACUUCGGAUAGUUGAUUUCGCAGCUUUCUGUCAUCCCAAAGCUCUGAAAACAACUUCAUUAGGUACAUCUUUCCAAGUUUUUGAUAACUAAUAUAUUUUUAUAUAUAUAAAAAUUGUUAUGAUAUGAAAAUCGUUCGAUCAAGGAUGGGGGUUAAUUUCCCAAAUUUUUAGGAAUUUUUACAGUCAAUCGUUCGAUCAAGGAUGGGGGGGAGUUAGUUUUUGUCUAAAUUUUUUUAAUUUAUUUUUUUGGCCUAUUUUUUUAAGCCAGUUUUUUUUGCCUUUUUAUUAAUUUUUUGCCCUUUUUUUAGACUUUUCUUUGGACCAUUAUUUUUGCCUUUUUUUCACCUCUGGCCUAUUUUGGUAUUCUUUUAGUAAUGCUGAAAAUUUAUAAGCUCACUUCCGCCGAAAACAAUAGACUAAAAUGAAUUGAAACCAACACGAAAUAGUCAAUAUGAAAGGCCAAAAAUAUCAAAAAUAAUUAAAGCCAGAAAAAAAAUAAUCUUUUCCACGUGUGAAGAGAUGAUCCCACAUGUAAAACCCUUUUGAUUUCACAUGUGGAAAAGAUUCCACACGUAGGUUACAAUGCUCCAAUUUAAGCAACUAACGAUAGUUAUUGUGGAGUAGGCAUCGUGAAGUUACCAACGAAUAUGUAUCCUGCUAUAGAUUCAGAUCACGCUGACUUUCUAAAAUUUCAGUUCAAAAAUUUGCUUAUCCCAAAAUCUGGGUUGAGAAUACACUUGAAUCCUCCUGGAGUUAAAGGAAACAUUGAAAUGUCUGAAUCCAUCAACCCUUUAAAUAUUCAAAAAAUGCAUGAUAAAGCGGAAAAAAUUGCGCUUCCUGAUGAAAAUAGAAUCAAUAAUAUACCAUAUAGUAGUGUUGUAAAUACUAAAAUAAAAGGCUCAGAUCCCUCCAUUCUCAUAUUAGGGACCUCAUCUGCCAAACCAGACCAGUUCAGAAGUGUAAGCAGCAUUUGGGUUGGAGAUUUUGGCUCAAGCUUUUUAUUUGACUGUGGUGAAGGUACUUAUGGCCAAUUAUGCAGACAUUUCGGCGACAAUAUUGACAAAGCUUUAGUUAAAAUAAAAACCAUUUUUAUUUCUCACUUGCAUGAAGAUCAUCAUAGUGGGAUAGCUAAAUUAGUCCAUGAAAGAUCAAAACUUACUUCAGAGCCAUUAAAUAUUGUGGCGCAUGGCAAAUUUCAAUACGAUUUAGAAACUUUUAAAACAAUUUUUGCUCCGUUUAAUUAUAAUUUCUACUCAUCAUUACACACUCCACGUAUUCCAGGAAUAAAAUUAAUCAAAUUUGUCCCUACAAUUCACAACACAAAAUCUCAUGGAAUUAUUAUCAUUCAUGAAAGCGGCUGAAAAAUAGUUUAUAGUGGAGAUACAAGACCUUGUGAGGAUUUGGUAAAUGAAGGAAAAGACGCGACUUUAUUAAUUCAUGAAGCUACUUUUAUUGAUAAAGAUUUAUUAAAAGCUCAGAAAUAUUUUCAUUCUACAGUUGGGGAAGCAAUUAAAGUUGGAAAAAAAAUGAAUGCUUGAAGGAUUUUGCUUACUCAUUUUUCUAGAACUAAUCCAUACUGUGAAGUAAAUAAGGACUAUGAUUUAAAGGGCAGCAUAAUAGGGUUUGAUUUAAUGAAGUUUAAGCUGUCUAAAUCUUAUGAAGUCGCAGAAAAUACGAGUAAGAUACUAAAAAUAUAUGAGGAAACAAGAAACAGUUUUUUUGCUAAAGAAGACGAAAUUAGCGAGGAAGAAGAAUAG